UUGUGUUGUUCUCGGCUUCCUUGGGAGAUACAAAUCCCUUCAUCAACUUUAGACCAAAAAACCCCUUCAUCUUCCCUUGGGAUAGAGUCCACACGGAGAGAGAAACAAAGACGAUGUCUUAUCUUCCGGCAGAUUUGGUAGAAGAAAUACUUUCUAGGGUUCCGGCAAAAUCUCUGCUACGAUUGAGAUCUACAUGCAAAGGAUGGAACACUUUAUUCAAAGACCAAAGGUUCAUCGAGAAGCACCUUCGUAACGUUCCAAAGCAGCUUCGCGCUCUCAUAUUGGAGGGAUGUAGGCUUUAUCCCACGAGCGUAGAUCUGAACUCUGUCCCUCCGUCUAUCGAAUUUAGCGAUUCACUUAGCCUAAAUGAGUCUGAUGAUUCAGAAGAGGUCUAUAUAGACACAGUUUUUCACUGCGAUGGUUUGUUGUUAUGCACCACCGUGGAGGAUGAACUGGUUGUUUGGAAUCCUUGUUUAAGGGAAACUAGGUGGAUCAAACAAACCUAUGGUACCAGGUGUUUUUAUAACAAAAUGUUUAGAGGGAGAAAGACUACGUUUGCUUUAGGAUACGAAAAGAAUCAAUUUUGCCGAAGCUACAAAAUCUUGAUGUUUUGGGGAUGUGACAAAACAAAAGGCGACCUAGUUGAUGGACAUGAAAUCUAUGAUUUUAACAAUCUACAUGACGACGAAGUUGAUGGAUUUGAGAUCUACGACUUGAACUCUAAUUCGUGGAGAGUUGUUAAGGCUCCCAACUGCUUCGUAAUGAAUUCUCAUGGCGUGAGUUUGAAGGGAAAUACUUAUUGGGUAACUUCUGAUGAUGGUAUAGACGAUGACUACUUGCUCAGUUUUGAUUUUACAAAAGAGAGAUUUAUACGUUUGUGUUUUCCUCUCCCAUCUCUUGACUGUAUGUAUAAGGCUCUAUCAGUUGUUAGAGAGGAACUCUCGGUGUUACGUUGUAUAAAAGGUUCAUCAACGAUGGAGAUGUGGGUGACCAAUAAAAUGGACACUAGUUGUGAAGCGGAUUUGUCAUGGAGCAAAUCCUUUGCUGUGGAUUAUGGUUUGGAUGUUUACACGUGUCUUUUAAUCGACGAGCGUAAGAAAGUGGCUUUGUGUGAUUCAUAUUUUGGGAAAGGCUGGAGCAGGGUGUGUACUGUUGGUGAAGCGGAUGAAUAUUACACAGAAAUCCCUUUUAAAGAAAUGUAUUUAGAACGUAUUCAUAUUUUCAAUUAUGUUCCAAGUUUGGUUCACAUUCAGCAAGAUAUCGAAUCAGAUGUUUUUGAUAAAAGUCAUCGUAGAAGAUGGGAUGAUCUUAGCAGAGAAGAUGAUAGUGACAUGGACUCCGGGUUAGAAGAGACUGAUGGCAUGGACUCCGGGUUAGAAGAAUGGUACUGGUGGGAGAUAGAGGGUGCUGAUAUUAGCAUCAGUCGUAGAAGCCGAGGUCGUGUGUGGAAGACGAGGUGAGUUACCCUUGUGAGUU